GACCAUCUGGCCUUGGCUUCAAGUUGUUCGGUAAUGAAGUACCGGCGUGACCUUAUGUUAUUUCUCCCAAUAACGACCAGAAAGUCGCCCAUAGGUCUGGCUGGGAAGCGACAGAUCGAUACGGUCUUGGCAAAUAUCUUCAUAUUGUCCAUCUGGAACGGGUUCCACAAGAAGACACUUGAUCCUCGCAUUCCAAGAGAGGGUUACAGGGCAUCGAGUGUUCCGUACAGCUUUUAUAUAUCGCUCUGUCCCUUCAAGCAUAUUCGCAUGAGUCUGUAGAAGGACGUUUUGCCGUGCUCUUCACGACGAUGAAUGAUAAUUAUUGUUCCUCUGCUCAUUCUUAUUGUUUUGCAUUUGGCACCGAAUUUGCAUGGGAUC